AUGUUCCUCUCCGGCAGAAAACAGAGGUCACCCAUCUGGCCCAGGUCAAGCCGGCCCGAGGGGAGGGGUUGCCUAGUGCUUCUUCCUCCCCCAGCCGCACCAGUUCGGUCGUGCCUCCAGACCGAGCGGCACCUGUGCCUUAUCUCCAAAAACCGAGUGCUCCCCCCUCCCAUAUCUCUAACAGAUCGAUCCGAAGUUGGAUGGAGGGGGACGGAGGAAGAUUUGGCCGGAGGCCCUGCCGCCCUGGGGCGUCGCCCUGCCUGCCGCGCCGCGCCUCUUCACCACCGGGCCGGAGCCUUGCUGGCCGUGGCUUUGCGGUCGCCCACCACCAGAGGAGGCCGGAGGCCCUGGCCGCCGAAGGCCGCGCCGCCCUGCUGGCCAACGACAUACAAGCCGCGCUCCUUCUUCUACCGCCGGCUGGCCACUAUCCCUGCUGCGGAGCGCGCCGCGCCGCCUCACCACCAGGCCAGGAACCCUGCUGCGCCGAGGCCCGGUCGCACGUGGCCGAAUGCCGCGCCGCCCCCUGCUGCUGCCGUUUCUGCUGCUGUCGAGCGGGCCGGCCAGAGCCUCUGUUGGCCGCUGCCUUGUGUCGCGCCGUUUCCCCCUGAUUAUCAUGCCGUGGAAGCCAUGUUCCGGCCACGUGCCGCUGACGCCUGUGCUCCGGCCACAUACCGCUGGCGCCCGUGCUCCGGCUUUGUGCCGUUGAAGCCUGUGCUCCGGUUGUGUGCCGUCGAAGCCUGUGCUGCCGCCGUGCUCUGCUGUAACAUAUGCUCUGGCUGCGCCGUUGUGCUUAGACUUAAAGCCCGACUGCCGUCUCCAUGUGUCUGUUGGCCCGCGCGCCCUGGUGGAUUGGUGCGCUGGUGCGCCCUUCGAUGCAUAUAUGAUUACCCUUGCCAUGAUCACUUGAUCUUGAUGCUAAAUGCAGACGAUAUGUGCCGCAAACGGCAGGAGCUUUGUGGUCCACUGUGAUCACCCUGUCCGUGACUUUGAGGAAGUUAGCGAGUUAAGCACGGUAUCGAGCUUUUAGUUGCGGCUAAGCUGUCGUUAUCGGUAGAAGCUACGUGCCAUACCGUGUUUCUAGCUCAUCUUUACUACUUACAUUAUAUUGAGGUCGAUGAUAUGAAACUGAUGUUGACUCGAGAUGAAUAAACAGUCAAUGAAGCAAUGCUAAAUUAUUAUCCUGCUCUUUUAACUUUUAUUUCUAAUGCUUAUCUUGCUCAAUCUUUGUUACAUGUGACUAUAGUCUCGUAGACUCGGAGACAACAUUGAUAUGACGAUUGUUAGCAUAGUUUAAUCAGAGAUAGCCCGAAGAUAAACGUAAUUAACCGGAGGCACUUCAUGAAGUCUCGAGAAACAAAGACGAAACAAUCUCCAAAUCAUAUCAUACAGUCAGAUUGGCGUGUGCGUUGUGGAGUAACAUGUAUAAUGAGUUAAACUUGUACUUUAUGAUUUCGAUGAUGAAUUAAUAAAAUUUACAUGUUUU